CCCUUCAAGAAGCAAGCAGGAAAUCACUCUUUUCUCACGGAUUACUUACACGUCUAAACUUAAAAAAAAAGGCAUCGUCAUGAGCUCAAACAGACCAUCAUAUUCAACCUCUGAUGACCAACUCAACCCUGAGGAACAGAAAAGCUUGGCAGCAGCUGCCCAUGAAGCGAACCGUCUCCCAGAACUCCGGCUGAUCUUGCUGGGUUGGCGAUGGCCAGGUAAAAGCCUGACUGGCAACACCAUUUUGGGCCGUGAAGAAUUUCGUCUGGAACGUGCCGCCGAAUUCUGCGUGAAACGUGAAACCGAGGUGGAUCAGCGCAACGUAACAGUAGUAGACACUCCUGGCUGGUUCUCAGCCCAAACCACACCAGCGGACUACCAGCAGGAAAUGGUCCGAAGCGUAACUUUGUGCCAACCUGGACCCCAUGCAUUCCUGCUGGUCAUACCUGUUGGCAUGUUCACUGAAACAGACCGGGCUCAUAUAGAGGAGAACAUAGCACUUUUUGGGGAGGAUGUGUGGAAGCACACCAUGGUGGUGUUUACCUGGGCAGAGGUUUUGAAGGACAGGUCCAUAGAAAGACAUAUACGAAGGGAAGGUCGUGACCUUCAGUGGGUGGUGGACAAGUGCAAGAAAAGGUACCACGUCAUCAAUAACUUUAUUUUUGGCGAACACCCACAGCUGCUCCAGCUGAUGGAGAAAGUUGAGAAGAUUGUAGCUGAAGAAGGUGGUUACUUCACUCUUAAGACAGAUGAAACAAAAACACAAAGUCAAACUCAGAGUCUGAAUCUAACCACCAAUUCACUGAAAGAGAACAGGGAGCUUGGCGCUAGACCCAAACAGAAUGGCUCCUGAAACUUGCUGUGGGCCAUGGACAUGAACCCUCCACAGAGUUUGGUUGAAGAAGUGAGUGACUAAGGCUGUGAUAACAGUUCCAGUGCUGCUGUAUUUAUUACUAUAUAUAACUUAAAUUAUGAAUAUUCAGAUAUCAGUCCACCAGUCUAGGCAGCUGCAGGUUGUAGAGUUUGCAAUCAAAUGCCCCUGUACCAUAUACUUCAUACUCCACAAAAUAUAAGAUGAUAAAAGUAUAAAUUAUCAUCAAAGGUUCGAAUUGGUGUUAGUAAAUCAAUUGUACAACACCUCAUUCGGUAAUUAAAACCAUUUGUAAUGAUGGCAUACCCUGCAGAUAUCACUUCAGUACAAUACACACUUACCCAAACAGUCAUGUCUCACUAAACAUUGUAUUAUAUCUGAAGGACACAUUGGUACAGAGAAUAUUGAGGUAAUGGAGUCAUUAGUCAAACAGAAACACUCAACAUUCAUGAAUAAUUUGCACUAAUGAGUUUAACACAACCUAAUAGCUUGUAAAAUGCCUCAACUAAUGCACUAAUAGAGUUAGCAGAGAUGAGAGUCUGACAUGAUCAUAUUAUUGUAGCAUUGGUUAGUUAUAUAGGUGACAGUUGCUAUGGAAUUAUAAAUCGUCCAUUUUCCAGUUAUUUCACAUCAUAUUUAGGUGUUGUUUCGGGUAUUGCAGAUACAGCAUGUUUAAAUGUUUUCAAAUUAUGUUAUUUUCUAGUAAUGUCAUUAUUGCUAUUUUAUUGUUUGAGUGAAUGAGGUGUUUUCACCUUGAAUAAUACUUUUUAGUUACUGAUGUUUCAGGAUUGCUGUGAUAUGUUUUCUUUUCUUAAUUUGUUUCUUUCUAAAUGUUUUAAUUCUGUAUUAAGUACACAUCAUUGUAAAUGGUCUCCUCCAUGAAACUGAGGCUGGUUAACUGUCUUGUUAUAAGCACUCUGAAUAUCAACGCUGUUAAAGUUCUGUCACUGUCUUGUUCUUAUGGAAUAUGAGUGCCUGCUAUUAUUAAUUGAUUUACAUUAUUGCAUUCCUUUCUAGAUCUGGUGAUAUUUCUGAAAGCAAUAAAAAUCUCCUUCCCAGA